AUGGUUGCUUUUGGUCGCUACCACGGCUGCCAUCAACGGAGCGAGCAACAUCCUCAACCCUCGUGCCAGUGCAAAGUCACUCCCUUGUCAGCACGCCUGUUUGGCGUCUGGAACAUCACUUCAGCCAUCAUUCGCAUCUACGCUGCUUACAACAUUCAUGACAAAGUAGCGUACGAGCUGUGCAUGUGGUCCUUUGUCAUUGCUCUCGUCCACUUUGUCUCCGAGACAUUCGUCUACAAGACCACCAAGCUUGGGCCUGGCAUCAUCAGCCCCUUGAUCGUAGCCUGUAAGUGCAACCCUUUGGAUGUGCUCAAGUCGGCCCAUUUGUACUCACGCCGUGUUUUGAACAUCAACGACAGCUUCGAGUCUCGCGACCAUGUACCUUCAGUACAACGCCUACAUGAACCCUGUCAGAAAAUGGAUCUAGCGAAGCAACACCACAUGUUUCGAUCAAGAGCUCAUCAGAUUCCUUCUCUGGAUCGUAACCAUGUCACCUCAACACAUUUCCAAGACUUCAGUUGCAUAUCUUGGUGA